AUGGCCAUUUCAGCGUCCUCUGAUGGCAGUGCGAUCUCCGUCAAACAUCAGACUCUUCUAACCCAACUUCGACUCCAACACCUUGCAUCGACCAUCCCGGUUACGAGAUCGUGCGACGAUGCUGCUGGACUCUUUCCGCACGCCAGCGUCUCUCUUGCACGCAUGCUGACCCCAAUCACUUCAUUGUGUUCCAACUACAGCGUUCGUGACGUCGACGCCGCUACCUUCAUUGACGCCUACGCGCAGCACCUCAAGCGAUCUGGCAAGAUCGAGGUGCCCGUCUGGGUCGACAUUGUCAAGACCGGUCACUUCAAGGAGCAGGCCCCCUACAACCCCGACUGGUUCUACGUCCGCGCCGCCGCGCUCGCCCGCCACAUCUACCUGCGCAAGGCUGUCGGUAUCGGCCACCUGCGAAAGUUCCACGGUGGUGCCUCCAACCGCGGCUUCCGCCCCUCGCACCACGCCGACGCCUCGGGCUCCGUGCAGCGCAAGGUCGUCCAGGGUCUGGAGGGCAUUGGUGUUCUCGAGAAGGACCCCAAGGGUGGCCGUCGCAUCUCGCAGGAUGGCAUGCGUGACCUUGACCGUAUCGCCGUCGCCUGCCUCGAGGCUGCCCGCGAGGAGGAGGAGAGCGAGUCCGAGGAGGAGGACGAGGAGGAGGACGACGAGUAA